UCCGAGGAGGAAGGUCCAGUGAUGAAGUCCACAAUUAUUUUGCUAGCAGCGAUUAUAAAGUUUACACACUGUACCGAACUAGAUUUUGUAUCACUUUUGUCAGAGAUAGCAGAUCUAGAACUUUCUGAAGACGGAAAACUUAACUUUACACAACUAGUGACCAAAUACGGACAUACAGCCGAACAGUAUGAAGUUACCACUGAAGACGGAUACGUCGUUAAAGUAUUUCAUAUCCCUGGAAAAAGGUCUUCAGUACUUUUGACUCAUGGACUUGGGACUGAUGCAGACCCUUACGUAAUUAGGGGUCAUGACUCACUAGGCAUCGCUCUAGCGGAUAAAGGUUAUGAUGUGUGGCUCCUCAACAACAGAGGAACAAAGUUCAGCAGGCGUCACAUUGAACUGGACCCGGACAAGGAUAAGAAGACAUUUUGGAAUUUCAGUUUUCACGAGAUGGGCUACUACGAUCUCGCCGCUACAAUAGAUUUUGUCCUCUAUCAAACUGGCGAGGAGAAGAUUUUGGCUAUCGGUCAUUCUCAAGGAGCAUCACAAUUUUUUGCGCUGACGUCUACGAGACCAGAAUAUAACGAAAAGAUAAAAUUAUUUCUUGCACUAGCACCUGGAGCAUUUUUCUUUAACAUGCCACUCUUGUUCCAAAUAGGCGCCAGUGCCGGUCCUAUUCUCUUAGAGAUCGGGAAAACGCUAGGAAUUGAGGAACUUUGUAGGGAUCGCGGUGCACUUGUCACCAUGAUUAAAACGAUUUGCACCAAAGGUGUUAUCAGCUACGAAGUGUGCGUCAGAGCUGCAAUGUUUCCUUUCGUUGGGUAUAAUCCUACAGGUUUAGAGUUGAGCUUCUUAAGCACCUUAUUUGGGCAUGCCCCGAGUGGAUUUGCAAGGAAAAACUUAGAGCAUUAUGAUCAACUUUAUUUGCGCAAAAAAUUUGCAAUGUUCGAUUAUGGUGUUAAAGGAAAUCUGGAUAAAUACGGGCGACGGAAUCCACCCGAUUAUCCCUUGAGCAAAGUAACAACAAAUGUAGCCAUCAUGUCUGGAAAACUUGAUACACUUUCUCUGGUACAUAAUGGAAAAGUAUUAAAAAAGAGAUUGCCGAAUGUGGUACACUUUGAGGAGAUUGAAGCCACGACACAUAUUGACUUUAUUUUUAGUGCAGACGCACCUAAAUAUCUAUUUCCAUCUAUCUUUAGGCUCCUGCAAAAAUAUGAUUAGUUCGAUUUUAGUGAUAAGUAUUUAAUGUAUCUACUAUGAAGAUAUAAUAUAAAAAGUGUUCUUAAAUAAAUGCAUUUUAAACAUU